AUGUCAAGGCUUGAUUACUUUGCAGAGAAAGCUACUUGGAGUUUGAUAGGUUUUUUAGGAUGGUGCUUGGUCAAUCCCAAGGAACUGGAAUUUGGAAAAAAGGAUGAAAUACAUCUCACUUAUAAAAUAAACUUGGAAGAUAUUAAAAAUAAACCAGAGUUACUGUUACUUCGUGAUAGUGUUUCAGUUAAAAUGUUAGCAGUGGAGGCGUUAGAAAAAUUUCAGGAAGAAACUAAAUCGGAUGCAGUUAAAACUUUCUGGGAUAAUCACCCUAUGUUAAUAAACACUUUGAAAAAGGCAAUACCAUUUAAAUUCUACAAAAAUGGUGUCUCAGGUCUCAGAGCUUCAUGA